CACCAUAAGUGCAUAUUUUUGUCUGUGAAUGUCGUGCAUUUUCAGCAUCCGCUCUCUUGUCGCAAUUAGUACAUUUUAAAUUCUUGUCUUUCAUUUGAUAAGCAGACUGUUCAAGAAUAACGAUAACUUACCUCAAAGAUGUUUAACAUACAUUUUAACUACUGGGAAGUGGGAAAUUUGAGGUUUCUUUGACGUCGAAGAUCAUGGGGUUGAAUAUUUUCAUGAACACAAAUAUAAAAUACGUCAUCGCAGUGUUACUUCCCUUCUUAUUAUUGGCCAAGACAACUUUUAUAGAUCUUGGUGAUAGUUGCCGCCCAGAUAAUACACCCGAAACAAGACCGUUAAUGAAUUUUACUGCUAGUCCCUACCCAAUUUUGAUCAACGCAAGCAAAGUUCACUUGAAUUGUUCUACAAAAGCCGUUCAAAAACAGGGAGAACAAGACAAAACAUACAUAUACAAAAUUCUAUUUUACCGCGAUGGUUACAGACCAAUCCACGCUUGUAGGUAUGAAUCGUGGCGUAAAAAAAUAUGGGCGACUUGUGAUGUGCACGUAUCUGUUCUCGAAGAAUUCCCUUCAUUCAGAUGUAAAAUUGUAACCAGAUUUGAUUACUGCAAUGAAGCGAAGAUUAUUUUUGACGUCAAACCUCCUGUUGCUCCAAAAUUACAUUGCUAGUAGCCAAUUAUGUGGAUAGAAAAAAAAUAGAAGUUACUUGCAAGACAUCUGGAUUGCCUGCACCUAACGUUUCGUGGUUUAUAAACGCUACUCGCGUGUUGUCUAACUCCAGUACUGUGGACCAAAAUACUAACGAAAAUGGGAGUCUUGGAAUAAAGGCUAUUUAUCCACAUGUGAACAUUAACACAACAAACGAUGUAUUUCAAAACAACAGCGAUACAUACAGCGUUACAUCGAAAAUUGUUGUCUCGAAUAACGAACUAGGUCUUCACGUCAAAUGUGUUUCUCAAAAUCUCCCGGGAAAAACACUCAGUCAAAAUGUCUAUUUCUACUACAUGGGCAUCCAAGCAAUGAAUAUAAACCUUGUGACUAUGAAGGUUGAUUGGUCUGUACAUCCAGACCUUUUAUAUCUCCCCAUUUCAUCGUAUAAUGUUUCUAUAACAUGUGGCGAUAAAUUCUCUAAAGCAUUUAUGGAUUUAAGACAGACCAGUGUUAGCAUCAGCUAUCCCACGCCGUUCAGGACUAUCCUCACUUGCAUUGUUGACGUUCGUGGGGUUUCUUCAAAUAAAAGCGAUUUACUUGUGGGAACUUCUAGUUUUACGACACUAGAUCAAAAUCCUGCCCCCAGAAACGUAUCACUGUUGAACAUUAGUGAUUCAUCGGCCAUUGUUCGAUGGACUGCUAUAAGAAAAUCGGAAUGGAGGUACGAUCGCCUUGCUGGUUACCGAAUAAACCUCGCUAACAGAAGUGUUCGGUUAAAUUACACAAUACCCAAUGAUGUUUUGAAGUUUUCUUUGACAAAUCUGUCGCACUCAACUAACUACGAAGUUUCAGUAACGGGAGUUGGCAAGAAUUUUGAAGGAAAAUCAAGCGGCUGGAUGAAGUUCAAAACAACUGCUCCGUUAGAACUAAAGACUCAAGACUACAUUAACACAAAGAUUCCGCUAACUGUUCAGAGAAAGAACAACUUAACAUUGACAAUUAUCGUCUCACUUGUGUGCUUAACGGCUGUGGUGAUUUUACUUCUGAUAUUAAUUCAAUGGUUUCGAAAUGACAAAUAUUGCUUUGCUGGUUUUUGAAGAAGACUACAUCUAAUGAGAUUGGUCGUUUUUGCACAUUUAAACUAUUUUAAACUUUAUUAAAUUUUUUUCCUUUACUUAUCUAGUGCUAAAUUUUAUCAAUUUUAGAUUUCUGAGCAUUUUAUACUUUUCAAUGUUUGUAACUUGUGCAGUGAAAUCUCAUCGUUCUAAAAUUUAAUAACAACAUUUCCUGAUGAAACUUUUCGAAAGAUCUCGGUCCAUUUACCUAAAUUUUAUUACUACGUUACUACAACUAAUUGUAACAUAAAUUUUUCAUUAUAUUUAUGUGAAAUUAUAUAUAUUUUAUAUAUAUUUUUUGUUGCUUCAAUUAAGAAAAUUCUAGGUAUAACUGUUAGCAAAUAUGAUAAAUCUGACUUUUUGCUGAACUAGUUUUGUUACUCAAAAUUUUUUAGAUGGAUUCCAAUAAUGCUAUGAUAAAUCUUCGAAUUCUUUUUCCGGAAUAUUUUGGCAGUGACAUGACCAGCGAUUUGGAAGACGCAUCAGAAUGGGAGAUAGAUCGGAGUCAGUUGGCCAUAUUUGAUCAUGUCCUUGGCGGUGGAUAUUUUGGUUUGGUGAGAGAAGGUUUGCUAAUGAAGACAUCUUUUGAUGAAUCUGAGAGAGAAAUUCGUGUUGCUGUGAAAACUCUCAGAGCCAAUCGUGGCCAAAGCGACUGGUUUGAGUUGAUUCGAGAAUUUGAAAUUCUCCAAUACGUGAACACCAUUGGUCAUGAAAACGUCAUCAAACUCCAUGGUGCAUGUACACAAGAAGUGCCCAUCUUGUUGGUUAUGGGGUUUUGCUGUCGAGGAAAUUUAAAGGAAUUUUUGAAAGAAAGUAGAAUCAACCGUGAAGAACAUGAAAGUUAUGAGAACAUUUAUUCAAAGCUUACUGAAAAGCAGCUGAUUAACUUCGCUUCAAAGAUUGCGAAAGGAUUGAUGUUUUUGAACGAGCAAAAGAUUGUACAUCGAGACAUUGCCUGCCAUAACAUUCUCUUGACGGAACAACUUGCUCUAAAAAUUGCAGAUUUUGGACUCGCAAGAAAAAUUGAUGUUACACGUCAUUAUAUUGUUAACAAAAAUAAAAUGCUUCCUGUGAAAUGGAUGUCUUUAGAAUCUUUGCUUGAAGGGCGAUUUACAUCUGCGUCCGAUACGUGGUCGUAUGGGGUAUUGUUAUGGGAAAUUUGUACUCUUGGUAAAGAACCUUAUGAGGACACGUCGCCUUACAAUAUGUUUGAUUACCUGACUAAAGGAAAUAGAAUGACGCGUCCCUCACAUUGCAGCGAAGAAAUAUAUUUGUUGAUGAGUCAAUGCUGGCAACAAGAGGAAAAGAAAAGGCCGAGUUUCUCAGAUAUUCAUUUGUCAUUGGAGAAUAUGCUCGUCGAAAAAGAGAAACACUAUAUCAACGUUCGUCUCCAUAACGAAGUUGAUGAAAUAACGUCUUCAGCAAUCGAAAACCAUACGGAAGAAGACUCCUCGAGUUCUGGGAUCUCAUUAACAGCAUCAAUGGAUAAUGGAGCAAAUACAUAAACAUUAUUAAAGUGCAAUGACAACAAUGUAAGGGUGCAAAAAACUUCCGCUCGAUGUUUUCACAAACGCGACGAACACGAAUGACAUCUACUUUCCAUCUCAAUAAAACAGGAUCU